AAGAUGUUCCUCUUCAGCAGUCUGGUGCCUAACAUGAUUAGAAAUCAAUGCAGAGGUGUUGAGAAAGUGUGUUUGAGCUCCAACAGUGUUACUAGCAGAGCCUCUGGAUGUGAAGCUUCAUCGGCCAGAUUAGACUUUGUGCUUCACACUUGUUUUCUGAAUGUUUUGCCUCUGACUCAUCUCCUACAAAGCUAUCGGAGUUAGCUUAGCAUGCUAGCUGUAAACAGACAGUCAGAGUGACUGACGGAGAGCAAACCGCGUUUUUAACUGAGUUCUUGUGGAGAAAACGUUUCUGUCAGUGUGUGGAGAUGUCCAAAGGUGAAAUGCUGAGAGUCUUGGUGAAGCAGCGAAUAACUGCGGCUGCUGAAGAGAUAUUCGGGCUGUUUGAAAGAACGAUAACAGAGUACGAGGAGGAACUGAGUCGGUCAAAAGAGGAGAACAAGCGACAACAGAAACUACUGGACGCUGUUUACAACCCUCAGCUUCGGCUACACAGAGCAGAUGUCCAGCAGCUGUUGGUACAUAAAGAAGAAAUUCCCUCUGAGCAGCAGGACUGGAGCUCCAGUCUGGACCAGAAGGACCCAGAGCCCCCACAAAUUAAAGAGGAACAACAAAAGGAUCUCUGGAUCAAACAGGAGGGAGAGCAGCUUGCAGAGCUGGAGGAGGCUGAUUUCACCAAGUUCUCCUUCACUCCUGUCCCUGCCCCUGAGCCCUCACAGCUUCAUCAAAUUGAACAGAUGAAAACAGAAGCUGAUGGAGAGGACUGUGGAGGACCAGAACCAGCCAGGAACUUGGAUCCAGAUUCACAUUUACAACCAGAUGCUGAAGACAGGUCUGGAGACUCUCCUGAACCUGAGACUGAUGACAGCGGUGAUUGGAUAGAGAGCAGAGAUUCCCAGUCAGGUUUAAAAUCUUUGAAAACUGUUGACAUUCCUAAUAGAACUGAUGAGAAAGCAUUCAGCUGCUCAACAAAAGAGAAACCUUUCAGUUGCUCAGUGUGUGGUAAAGGUUUCACUGGAAGCGGAAACCGGGAGAUACACAUGAGAAUCCACACAGGAGAGAAACCUUUCAGCUGCUCCGUGUGUAGUAAAGGUUUCACUGGACGCGGAGACCUGGUGAGACACAUGAGAAUCCACACAGGAGAGAAACCUUUCAGCUGCUCGGUGUGUAGUAAAGGUUUCACUGAAAGAGGAAACCGGGAGAGACACAUGAGAAUCCACACAGGAGAGAAACCUUUCAGCUGCUCAGUGUGUAGUAAAAGUUUCACUGUAAGCAGAGCCCUGGUGAGACACAUGAGAAUCCACACAGGAGAGAAACCUUACAGCUGCUCAGUGUGUAGUAAAAGUUUCACUGAAAGAGGAAACCUGGAGAAACACAUGAGAAUCCACACAGGAGAGAAACCUUUCAGCUGCUCAGUGUGUAGUAAAGGUUUCACUGAAAGAGGAAACCUGGAGAGACACAUGAUAAUCCACACAGGAGAGAAACCCUUCAGCUGCUCAGUGUGUGGUAAAAGUUUUGUGCUGAAAUUGAAUCAUAUGAUUCACAUGAAGACUCAUACAGGACAGAAACCCUUCAGUUGUUCAUUGAACACAUGAAAACACAUGAAAAAUCACACAGAGGAAAUCUACCCAGGUUGGGCGUUCGUUAC